CCCCAUACUCCCUCCAUCCUCCCAAAUUAAUUUCCCAUCGCCCCUUUUCAUAUCAAAAUCGAACAAGCUCCAAUUCAAGAAAAGGAAAAAAAGAAAAAGGAGGGGGAGAGAGAGAGAGAGAGAGAGAGAGAGAUGGCGGAUUCAUCGAGCACUCUAAAAUCCGCCGCCCUCCUUGAGCAGAUGAAGCUCCACCUCGCCACGGAAGAGGGCAAGAAGCUCGUCGACAAGGUCGGCCUCGUCUACCAGCUCAACAUCGCCCCCAAGAAGCUGGGCGUGGGCGAGGAGAUCUUCGUCGUAGAUCUCAAGGAGGGCAGGGUUUCCAAAGGUCCGUACGAAGGGAAGCCUGACGCCACUUUCUCGUUUAAAGAUGACGACUUUCUUGCCGUUGCGAGCGGGAAAAUGAAUCCCCAGAUGGCUUUCAUCAGAGGUGCUAUGAAGAUCAAAGGCAGCUUGAGUGCGGCUCAAAAGUUCACACCAGAUAUAUUCCCCAAGCCUUCCAAGCUUUGAAAUUUGACGCAAAGUGAGAUCUCUUCCAUAUAAAUACUUAUAAGCUGUAUUUGGCACCAAAGUCUAGAAUAAAAUCAGUGUGAGGAAGAUGUUUGUUUUUGCCUUUAUAAUGUUAUGAGGAUUCUUUGCACGUGUACAAGUGUGAUGAUCGUUUAAGAGAAUUUUGACGUUUCUAUGUUAUUAUGGUUUAGUAGACAUGAGUUUGAUUUAUGGGUCCACCUAUCUUAUAUAAUUUCAUGGAAACUUUUUCUGAUC